AUGUUAACAUUGUUAAUGACAUUUAUUACUUUAAUUUUUGUCAUGUUAGUAUCCUAUCAACUUGCAAUUAAACAUCAAAGUCUAACUGCUAAUUCAUAUUUUAUGGCAAGUAGAAAACUUAGCUAUGCUUAUAUAGCAGGUUCAAUGAUGCUAACAAACACCUCUAUUGAUCAAUUGAUAGGACUAAAUGGUAAUUCUUACUCUAAUAAUCUUAGCUCUAUAGCUUGGGAAGUAACAGCUGUUAUACCAAUGGUAAUACUAGCACUUUUUUUCUUACCACGCUUUAUGAAAGAAAGAUUUAUCACUUUACCAGAAUUUAUAUCAUUACAUUAUGACACAGUAACAAGACGUUAUAUUAGUAUAUUAUUAAUUUUAACUUAUACUUUUGUAUUAAGUCCAGCAUCGCUGUAUCUAGGAGCGAUUACUAUUAAUAAAAUAUUUAAUAUUCAGGAAUUAUUAGAUUUUUCUUACCCUAUAACGAUAUCCUUUCUCAUUGUAAUUAUCGGUUUAAUUGGUGCUGCUUACGCAAUAUUUGGUGGUCUUGGUGCAGUAGCUAUUUCUGAUACAAUUAAUGGUGUUUUUCUAUUAUUUUUUAUUUUCUUCGUGCCAAUUCUUGGUUUAUAUAUAUUGGGUAAUUCUUCUUUUUAUCAAGGAAUAAAUAUUAUUUUUCAUCAAUCGCCGGAAAAAUUAAAUAUGAUUGGUGGAGUAAAAGAUACCGUUCCAUUUAGUACAAUAUUUACUGGAAUGUUUAUGGCUAAUUUAUUUUAUUGGUGCACCAAUCAAGCAACAAUUCAAAAAUGUAUGGCAGCAAAAAGUUUAGAAGAAGGCCAAAAAGGAGUUUUAUUAACUGGUUUUUUUAAAUUAACACUACCAAUAUUCUUAAUGAUGCCAGGUCUUAUUGCGUGGCAUAUUUUUAAAAAUAAUCCUAUUAUUCAUUCCGAUCUUGCUUAUCCUCAAUUAGUCACAAUGAUUUUACCAUUAUGGAUGAAAGGUUUUUUUGUUGCUGUAAUUAUAGGUGCUGUUAUGAGUCAUUUUAAUGCUAUAAUUAAUGCAUCAUCAACAUUAAUUACUUUUGAUUUUUUUAAACCAUUAUUUUUAAAUAUUACUGAUCAUUAUUUAGUGAGAUUUGGAAAAUUAGUAAGUAUUAUUGUAGCAUUAGUUUCAAUAUUAGUUGCGCCAUUAUUAAUGUAUGCACCAGAAGGUAUAUAUAUGAUAUUACGUCGUUUUACUGGAUUUUUUAAUAUGCCAGUAAUUGCUAUUGUUCUUUAUGCAUUUUUUAGGAGUAAUUAUACAAGUGCGUUAGCAGCUAAAAUUGUAUUAAUUUUUCAUGCAUUUAUAUAUGGUAUUUUUAUUCUUUAUCUUAAUUUUGAUAAAAUAUUUAAUAUUAAUUUUAUUCAUUGUAUGGGUAUACUAUUUUUUAUUGAAUUAAUUUUACUUGAAAUAAUUGGUAAAUUUUUUAUUGUAAAGAAAAAUAAUUUUGUAGAAAAUGUUUCUAAAGAUAUUAUCUUAAUGCAAUGGCCUCAUGUAAAAAGUGUUAGUAUUUUACUAAUUAUUUUUCUUAUUUUACUAUAUAUAACAUUUUCUCCAUUUGGCAUUGCCAAUCAAUCAAUGGUUAAUGGGAAGUAUUUUUUCAUUAUCCUAAGUAUUUUGUUAGGGGGCUUAACUUUAGUUAUAUUAACAGAAAGUAAAUAUUAUUUAAAAUGUAGAAAAUAA